ACAAAACACAGCCUUGAGAACGGCCCACAUUGUCAUCAGAUAUGGGAUCUCCGCCACCAGAUUUUUUGCAGCUGCAGGACGACUGGACGCUUGUGACGGACACCGCAGAGAGGAGGAAACGACAGAACCGUGUGCACCAGAGGACAUCCCGAAAAAAGAGACUCCAGCAACGCUUUGCUUGCAUGGAAAACACGGAGAAGAAUGCAAAUAGCCAGCUUACGGAAAUCCCCAUGCUCGCCAUACUGGACGACUCCCAGACGCGCCGGCAUAUUUUGGAAUUUAUUCGUCGCGCCUCUACACACUGGAGCCUCGGUGUUCUAGUACCUGGCGAUUUACCGCUGCUGACGCGAGUCAAUGCGUUAGAUGCGGUGUUCAAGAAUACCCAGGCACUAUCUAUGCCUCUGGAUUUAUUGACCAGAAACAGCUACCGCUCUCCUUUCAACUCAUAUGGACCGGUGUUAUCGGACGCAAUGGACUUGAUCCCCCCUCCUCUUAGGCCCACAACCCUGCAAAAGGUUGUAUCACACAAAAUAUGGAUUGAUAUCUUUCCGCUUCCUACUUUCAGAGACAAUAUCCUCCGCUGUAUACAGUCAGGCGACCUUGAGCCGCGCCAGUUGUGUGAGGAGCUCCUUUGUCACGACUUGAUGGACCUGGACCGAGUAUCCGAUGCAAAUCUCAUCAUCUGGGGCGAGCCCUGGAAUGCAAGAAAUUGGGAAUUCAGCCCAUAUAUCUUUGCGAAAUGGAGGUUCCUGUUGCACGGGUGUCCUGAGAUGCUUGAGUCGACAAACUACUGGCGAAAAAGGCGAGGAGAGAUGGCACUUAGUUUUAUUAUGAAUUGAAGGUGCCUUGGCGAUAUUUCUUCGCCUUCACAUCUGCUUGGCUGUCUGAAGGUUACCAUGCAAUACCCACCUGCCGGUCAGCGAAAACAAAAUUUCUCUAUAUAAAAUGUUCAACUUUAUUGGUAUA